GCCUUUUGGACAAGUUUCCCUGAUGGUAACAGUCACUUCUUUCCCAGCGUUAGCUUCGUGCAGGGCGACAACAUAACAGUUUCCAUUGCCAUGACGAAUGCGACGUCGAGCACGGCGGUCAUAACCAACGAGAGCACAGACGAGACCUCCACCGUGGCCAUUGAGACCGGCCCUAUUUGCUCCCAGGCGGAAGUAGGAUGGCUGUUACAGGCCGUAUUCGACGAUUCCAAUGACAUCAUCCCUUACGUCGACUUUGGCACGGUCAACAUCACUGCAUCUGCCGAGACCUCCUCAGGCCCUGUCGACAUCUCUAACGCGACCAUUGUGACCACAGUCCAGAACGGCACUACUCUUGCUUCCGCCUCGGUCGAGGGCGGGAUCGUCACUAUUGCCUUCGUCUAA